UUAAUUUUUGUCAAAAACGUCACUUGCAUGCUUACCAUGUCACUACAAUAAAACUGCAAAAUCAAAACACAAGCAAAUGGAAAAAACUUUAUAAAAAUACAAAAAACAACCACAAAUCAUACAAAUGCUCAAGAAAUAAAUAGAUGGUGGAGGGUGUCCAUCAAAAAUGAACCCGUUCGUUUACAUCCAGAUGUUUGUGGAGUGUUUGGAAGACUACAGAUGGAUUAUAGAAGCGGCAACAGCCUGCUAUCCUUUAGCUAUGAUGUCGAAGAUACACAUGGCGUAGUCUUGACAAAUGAAAUGGUUUACAGGAUAAAGAAAGAAUUAACACCAAUCAGUUCCAUCAGCCUAGCCUUAUCAUCUAGCUCACCAGAAAUUAAUUCACCACGGAUCAUCAAGUCAUCAACGACCGCUUCAAUAAAAUCUGAUACGACUGAGGCAUCUAUUUCAUCCAAAAUAAGUUCUUCCAGUAUAGAUAACACCCUCAGUAUGAUACCAACUCCUUGGACAACUGAAUCUUGGUCUGACGAGAGCAUAAACGAAACGAUUGAAACUUAUUCUGGAACUGUUAUGAACACUAUGGCUUUGACCUCUCUAACUCUAAAUCCAGAGUCCAGUACAUCCAUUGGAGGAGUUACAUCAGAAUUGAAUUCCACAAGCAUUAACACGGUAACAUUGCUAGAAAGAAACGAGCCAAAAUCAAGUAUUUCAGUUAAUUUGAACAGCGUAACUUCUCUUAAAUCUACGAGUAAGAGUAAAUUGAAAGUGAAAACUAAAGCGAAAUCCUACAGCGAAAUUGAGAGCACCUUUGAUUCCUGGACUGUGGAAUCGUUUACAAGUUUCGUGGAAUAUUCGGACUCCAAAAUAGUAAAAAUCCGGUACCCCUGGAGUCCUUGCACGUAUUUGAGCGGGACGGAUAUUUACCCGGACUCGAUGGACACCUUCCGAAGCAGUGUGAACAGUCUGAUCAACUCUCCAACUUUGAAUAGUACCUAUGGAACAUUCCGGUAUAACGAAAGUGAUUUAUAACCGUAUAGGUAGGUAUUAACACCUAUUAUCAAGUAAAUAAAUCAUUCUUGACUACCCGCA